GGGAGGGAGGGAGAGAGAGGGAGGAUGCUGCCAGCGGAAAAUGGCUGCUGCAACCUCAAGCCUAUAUCCUGAUACACCGAAACGACAUCAAGGUGGAGAGAGAGAGAGCGAGAGGAAGAGAGAGAGGAAGAGAGAGGAAGAUUAGGAAAAUGAGAGCAGAUAGAGAGAGAAUGUGAGUGAGCCUGUGAGUGUUUCCUGAAAGGAGGAUAAAAAGAGAGAGAGAGAGAGAGAGAGAGAGAGGGGGAGAGAGAGAGAGAGAGAGAGAGAGAGAGAGAGAGAGAGAGGAGACCCUGGGGUGGGCUGCUGCAAGCGGCGGGCAACACCGAGCCAUGGAGGGCGAUGUGCGUGUUCGUGCAGUGGUGAUGACGCGUGAUGACUCCAGUGGCGGUUGGGUGCCCCUUGGAGGUGGUGGCCUCAGUCAUGUGGUCAUAUGUAAAGGGCGGAGUCAUGACGGCAGGGGGCGGAGAGAAUACAUCAUACGUGGAGAACGGCUGCGAGAUCGAGCACCAGUGUUGGAGUGUGCGGUGCAAAGGGGGUUAGUGUACAACAAGGUGAACCCCAUCUUCCAUCACUGGCGAGUAGAAGAUCGGAAGUUUGGCCUUACGUUCCAGAGUCCUGCCGAUGCCAUCUCCUUUGAGAAAGGGCUGCAGACUGUCCUAGACAAGCUCGACAGAGGCUCUGACUCGCCCUCGUCCUCCACACCGGAAGAAGCCGACACCGAGGAUGAUGGACAAGCUUCUCAUACAGGAAGUGAGUCGUCAUCCAACAGCAGAAAGGAGAUGCUUCCCAAACCCAUCACCAUAGUGACGAGCGAGUCGUCGUCUACCUGCUUCGUACGGCCGGAGGAGUUUAGUUUCGGAUCCAGCCAUGCUCUCACCACUCAGACACCUGCUCAGAUCCACACCAGGCCGGGACAGCACCAGCUCUCACAAAUGACGGCUGUGUUGAAUCCGCCGGCGCCCCCGCCUCCACCUCCUGCUCCACCUACUCCUCCUGUGGGUCCCCCGGCCUCAUCUCCUCUGUCCCCCCUCUCCCCCACCAUUUCGCUCCUGGAAGAGGGUGACCUGCACAGUGUGGACCCUUGCAAAGACCUGUGGGGUUCUCGAGGUUAUGAGGACUACCGACGGGCGGGGGCCACUAGGACUAUGGUCGGGGGGCUGACCGGGGGUGUGGUUGUCGGUGGCGGAGGGAGUCUGCAGGACAAGUCCGAGCUGUGCGUGGUUCGCUUUGAGAAGGAGCUGGCAGGAGUGGGCACGGCUGGCUGCGAAGUGACGGUGAGCCUGGACAGUAAAGCCUCGCAGCGGCUGUCCACGUCAUCGCCCACCUGUGUGUCCACACCCAACGCUGUGUCGCCUGCUGGCUCGCCCCAGGAGACGUGCAAAGGCUCGCCCUCUCCCUGCUGCAUCCACACCUCAUUGGCCACGCCCCGUUCGCGGACUCGUAAGAGAGGAGGAGGAGGGGCCAGCAGUGGCAGCGACCCAGGGGCGAUCUCCCCCGAUGACGACAGCCCGUGUCCUCAGGCUUCGUCAUCGUGCUCGUCCCGCUGCGUGUACUGCCGCUCUGUGUUCAGCGCUUCGGAGAACGGGCGGGGCCGCUGCAGAGACGCCCCAGACCCGGCCCUGCACUGCCUGCGCCAGUGGACCUGCGUGUGGUGCGCGGAGAGUCUGCUCUACCACUGCAUGUCAGACUCUGAGGGAGAGUUCUGGGAGCCGUGCUCGUGUGAAGACUCGCUGGGGGGCCACCCACACCCCCUUUGCUGUGCCCGCUGGUUGGCCCUCCUGGCCCUGUCGCUCUUCGUGCCCUGCAUGUGCUGCUACGUGCCUUUGCGCGCCUGCCUGCGGUGUGGGGAAAGGUGUGGCUGCUGUGGGGGAAAGCACAAGGCGGUCCGAUGAGGCCAGGCUAAAGGGGGGUGGGAGGGGUUUCCAUGGACCAAGGAGGUCUGGGGCGUGGAGAGAAGGGAGCACCUGUUGGGACGCAGGAGGUGGAGCUUAGCAGGUGGAACAGUGCUCUCAAGAGACCCAGACCUCUGACAUGGCCCUCCGAAGUCCUACAGCCUUCCACUGCAUUCCACACUCUCUCUCUUUUCAACCCGAGGCCUUCCUCACUGCUCCUCGCUGGGGUUGUGCGCUGCACUCAGACCAGGCUCUGCGGGAGUCAUCUGGAACCCUAAGUCCUGAGGGUCGGCUGAUCAAGAAUGAGCGGUCAGAGACUUUAUCGCAGGAAGAGAGUGGCAGAGGCAACGAUGAUGUGUACACUGUUUCAAAUGUCUGUUUGUUUGUUUUUUAUUUAGAAAGAAAAACACAAACAACUAAAGAUGUUUAUAUAUAUGAUUGUUAUAAUUUUAAUUGGUAUAUUUUAUUAAAUGUAAACAUAUUGACAGAAUCCCCCAAUGGCACACACUAUCACAAAUUCACAAACAUGGGAUCUUGGGGAAAAGUAUUUUGUUUCAUGUUGGCCUGUUUAUCAGUCAGAUGAACAGAUGUCACCCUUUACCUCUAAUUUUUACCUCAGAUGUUACUCAACCCUGGUUAGGGAACCAAAAUGAAAGGGGAAGGGGAGAGAGGUUUGGAGAGAGGGAGCAGAGGGAGUGCAGUCUUCAAGGAAGAAAGUAUGAGCAUCUGAGACCACUUUAGUGUCGUCUUUCGGUUAAAGUAGUAGACCACAGUGGAAAAGGAAGGUUAUCAAAUGCAAAGGGACAAUUAAUGUUAAGGGAAGUUGCAAUGACAGCCACAAAGACUUAAAAGUCAUAAUGUGAUCCAUUAUGGUCCUUUGUAACCAAACACAAGCUUAUUUUUUUUUUCUAAAAAAAAAAAAAAAAGAAAAGAAGAAGAAGACAAAAAAAAGGAAAUCAAGAAUGUGUGUCGAACAUUAAACGCCCUCACUUUACACACAUCUUUUCACCUUUCCAUGCAUUUUCAACAUUAAUCUUAGAAAAAAAAACAUCACAUCCCACCACUGUACUUGUUGAAUCAGUCAGGGUGCUUACAACCGAGGCCUCUGAGUGAGUCUAUUCUACCUAAUGUACACGACAACCGUACACUCCCACAACCCCAAAGAGAAACAGAGUUGGACCCCGUGUUAACCAAUCUGUAAGAUGUGUCUAGGUCUUUGGAAAAAAAAAAAAAAUGAAGUGCAAUGAACAAUGUAAUUGAAAGAGUAUUUUUGUACCGGUCGCUAAAUCGA